AGCACCUUUCAAUGUUCACCCGCAGUAUAGAACUAACUUAACCUACUACGGUAUAUUACAUACCUAGGGUACCUACUUUCGAUUACUUAUAGCUCGGAGUUUCUAUUCUUUGUUGCUUUGUUUGCCGCUUACAUACACAGGAAGCCUUCUAAACUUACCUACUACUGUAGUAGUAUACAGCUUCUUGAUGAAUUACACGAGAAUAUCAAGAUACACAUUUGCUAGAGGACUACGCUCACGGCCAAUCGCAUUACCAUCGUCUAUCAGUUUCCGCCAGUCCGGGCAGAGAACCUUCAUAGCUGCCUAUACCAUGGAGAGCUCCCCGCGAAGACAUUUCCAGAACCCGGUGAUCUUCGUCUGCGAUAUCCAGGAGAAGUUCCGCAAUGCCAUCUGGGAAUUCGAUAAGAUCCUCCUCACAGCACAGAAAGUCCUCCGCGCAGCCGGAACCCUCAGCAUCCCCGUCGUGGUGACGACGCAGAACGCCGCGAAGCUGGGGGACACGGUGGCGGAGCUGCAGCCGCUGCUGCUCCCCUCGCCGCGCGUCACCCUCGCCGACAAAACGGCCUUCAGCAUGCUGCGGGUCCCCGCCGUCUCCCGCCUUUUCCCACACAUCAAGGACGACGGCGGUGAGCCCAGCGAGGUCGUCAUCGUCGGCAUCGAGAGCCACAUCUGCGUCACCCAGACGUCGCUCGACCUCCUCGCCCGCGGCCACCGCGUCUACGUGCUCGCCGACGGCGUCAGCAGCUGCAACGAGCAGGAGAUUCCCAUCGCGCUCGCGCGGCUGCGGGCUGCGGGGGUUGUGGUCACGACGAGCGAGAGCUGGCUGUAUGAGUGCAUGGGCGACGCGGCGAUCCCGGAGUUUAGGGAGAUUGCGAAGUUGGUUAAGGAGAAGAGUGGCGAUACGAAGACCACGCUUGCGAGGUUGCUUGGGGGACGGUUGUAGGAUUGGAUGGGGAUGUCAAGUGGUACGAUGGGAAUUAGGGGUAUCUACCUAAGGUGAGGUCUCUAGUUAUGUCAGACAUCACGAGGACGAGGACGAGGACGAGGACAAGGACUAGGGGAUGUAUGUUUCAAGGUACACACCAUGUUUCGUUCUGUUACUGUCGAAAUCUUGAGGGGUUGGAUCUCGACAAAUACUUAGCACUUGGUAUAGAUCUAUAGAUCAGAGAGCAGGUAUUUCAUAGCCUAACUACUAUGGACCUACUACGAUACCUCACAAAUCCAAGAAGAUUAAACUCUUAACAAUCAA